GCGCGCUCGAUAACAGCAGGAUUUUGUCCGCGCUAAACUGCCCGCAACCAUCAUCAGUGCACCCAAGGCCUCGUCACGGGACACUCCGAGGUAUAGUCUUGCGUUCGAGGUAGCAAGCGCACCGUCAAAGCAACCCUGUACGCCGCCACAGCCUUCGAGUUCCAAAAGCUGCCAGCCGAAACUGCCCGCACGCAUUGCAAACGCUAAGAACGAUGAACAACCAGGGCUGGCCCAACGAGCGCUGCGAGGCCUGUGGCCUACGAGCGAAGCUGAACAUGGGCGCCGGCGCCAAUGCCCCGCUCUACAUCCGGCUGCGGCCCUGCGCGCGCUGCAAGGAGGUGCGGUACUGCAACCGCGAGUGCCAGCGCAAGGACUGGCCGAGACACCGAAAAAAUUGCGUCGUGCCCGGCGAUAAACCGCCUCCACCCAUGGAUAGUGAUUUGCGCGUCGCGGUCCAGGGCCAGAUCAAGCAACGGGGCUGUUAUAUUAUGGCGAGAGCGUCAAAGGCCGAUCUUAAAGAUGACGACAUUAUCCAAUUACAUACGAUCGGCUUCCACGAGCACGACGCGCCCGAGCUCGCUAUACCAAGGUUGCCGCACCGACUGUUACAACGGGCGGGCGGUUUGUUAGCCUAUGUACGAAAUGAAAAACCAGUAGAUCAGCCCCUGAAAGAGGGCGAGAAGGUGUCGGUGAACGGCUUGCACUUCACGGCUUCGCACGUCAAGGGCCAACGACUGAAGGACGCGAACUUCCUCGGUUUGGUGGCCGUGCGCGCCUACUACGCCCUGAAGCAGUCCGACGGGUUGGUGAGGUGCAUCGAAUUAACAUUAGAGAGUGAAGAUGAUAUGACGGACGAGUUGAGUGGAGCGAUGGCGCGCGCGGAGGCGGCCGCGAAGCCCUCCGCCGACGUCGCGGACGCGGAGAAACGGGCCCACGCCCGCAUCCAGGCGCAGAACGCCGUCGACGCUUCGAAAGAGAUGGCUGCUCUAAAACUCCAGGAACAGAUGGACGCGGUCGACCGCGAGGGGGCUCCUACGGUCUCCGAGGCGGAGGCGGCGAAGAUUUAGGUCUUUUUCUAACAUUUUUGAGAGUUGAGU